AUGGAAAAGGCAUGCAAUUGGGAGCAUCAGACUCUUAUAAAUGAGCUAACCCAAGGGAGGCAGCUAGCAAUCCAGCUCAAGAACCAACUUGACAAGACGAAAUCGCCAGAAAGCUCUGAGUUUUUGGUUGGAAAGUUGCUUUCUUCCUAUGAUAAAGCACUCUCGCACCUAAACUUGAGUGCUUCAAUGGGAGAGACUUUUCCGGUAAUCGGAAUGUUGGAGUCCCGUCAUUUCACUGCCGGAAGUCCAAGGAGUGAGGACUCGAACCGGUACAGCAAGGAUCAAAGUCACAGAAGUGUCUUGAAAAAGAGAAAGAUAUUGCCAGAACGGAGGAAGCAGGUGAGGGUUUGCUCGGAGACAGGGCUGGGAUGUCCACCUGAUGAUAGUUAUGGUUGGAGAAAGUAUGGGCAGAAAGAGAUCCUAGGAGCCAAAUAUCCAAGGUGUUUUAACUUCGAGGUUGAGAAAAUGGGCAAGAUGGAGCCAUUUGGACAUCAGGACAUGUACUGUUUUCUGACUUCUUCAGGAAAAUACCCAUCUGUUUGGAAAUGUCUUCAGCUCAAUCUUAAGAGCAGUGCACGUCAAACUGUUCAAGAGACAGCUACAUGGCCACUUGCAUACUUACUUGAUGUUAUUG